AUUAUUUGUGUAACGAGACAAAAUGAGAGCGUUCACAUUUGCAAUUGUUGGCUUGAUGGUUGUGCUUGGAACCAGUGCACAAAGUUUGCAAGACCAAUGUAGGGGAAUUGAAUACGAUUUGAUCCCUCACCCGGCUGAUAAGAAGAAGUUCAUAGUGUGCGUCUUCGAAGUCCCAGAAGAGCGCACGUGUGCAAAUGAUCAUUGUUUUGAUCCUAAAUUGAAAAGCUGCUCCGAGAUUGCUUGCAAUCCGAUUGUGCCCAGUGACAAAGCGGUCGCAGUUGCGUAUUGCCAUGACUUGGGCCCAGCAGAGAGGAUACCUUCGGUGGAUUGCUCCCACUUCUGGAUAUGUUUGGGCGACUUGGAUCCCGUUUAUGUGGCAUGCCCGGAUGGCAAACACUACUCACGUUCUGAGCAGGCUUGCAUCUCGCCACCGCUGGCCAAGUGCACCACCCACGAGAAACUGUGCGCCUUCCCCGAGACCGCCUUCUAUCCUGCCGAGAACUGUAAUGAGUACUACGCAUGCGACAAAAAGAAUCUGGUGAAGCACACCUGUCUCUACGGUCAGGCCUACAGUGCGGAGAGCACAUCGUGCGUCCCGGACUUCGAUCACUCCUGUGCCGCUCCCACAAAACCAGAUUGCCAGAAUCCGGCCAACGCUGAUGCCUACUUCUCGCAUAGCGACUGCUCCAAGUUCUACGUUUGCAUUCAGACCCAAGUCUACGAGGGAAAGUGCGCCAAUGGCUUCGGAUUUGACAGACAGAGUUCGAAUUGUAUGCCGGGCAUCUGUAAUGCUUAGAUUCUAAAAUUAAA